AAGCUCUAUCCCUCGGCUAUACCUCUUACUCACAGCUCGAACGAGCAUCGUGUGAGGUCACCUAACUACACAACAGCAAGAGCAACCUCCUCCAUAUAGAUACACAUCACCACCACCACCUCACCACGAUGCCAUUUACCGCCCCAUCAUGGGUUCCUCCGCUCCCCACGAUUCCGGACUCCAUCUCCAUCGGCCGCUUCAUGUUCGACGAGCAAUAUGGCCGCUACCCGCUUGGCUACUCCAAACCACCCUUCACCUGCGCCCUGACCGGGCGACAGUUCUCCGCCUUGGAGAUGAAAGAGCGAGUCGAUCACCUCUCCAGAGCAUUGUGCAAGGAGUUUGGAUUCAAGCCAAAUGAGGGCUCGGAAUGGGAUAAAGUCAUUGGCAUCUUCUCGUUGAAUUCCAUCGACUACUUGACUCUCGGAUGGGCAGUGCACCGAAUUGGCGGCAUCCUCACCUGCGCCAAUGCAGCGUACAAUGGAUCUGAGUUGGAAUACCAGCUGCGGGACUCUGGCGCGAAAGCCAUUUUCACCUGCUUGCCGUUGUUGGAUACCACAAAGGACGGCAUGAAGAAAGCCGGCCUCAGCAACGAUAAGAUCUAUGUCAUGCCUCUUCCCAAGCAGAUCGAAGGUGACGCCAAAAAUCCCGGCCACAAGACGAUUGAGGACUUGGUCAAGCUCGGCUCCACCCUCGACCCGAUCAAGCCCGCGGAUGAAAGCUGGGCUCAAGGCGACGGCAAGAAACGCUGUGCCUUCCUCUGCUACAGCAGCGGCACAUCAGGCCUACCCAAGGGAGUCAUGAUCUCUCACUACAACGUCAUCGCCAACACCCUUCAAAUCAACACGCACGAAGAACUCGAUCGCCAGGCGAUGAUCAAGCAGACGGGGGACACGCACUACACAGAGAACUGCCUCGGCCUCCUUCCCAUGUCGCACAUCUACGGCCUCAUCGUCAUCGCACACGUGGGACCUUACCGCGGCGAUGGUGUUAUUGUCCUCCCGAAAUACGACUUCAACUGGCUUCUCCAAGCGAUCCAGGACUACAAGAUCCACAUGCUCUACCUCGUGCCGCCUAUGAUCAUCCACAUCACCAAAGCGCGGGAGAUAUGCGCGAAAUACGACCUGUCGUCCGUGCGGGGCGCUUUCACUGGCGCCGCGCCAUUGGGGAAAGAGACGGCCGAUGAUCUGAGCAAGAUGUACCCGAAAUGGGCUGUCCGCCAAGGAUAUGGCAUGACCGAGACGGCGACGGUGGUGUGCAGCACCAUGCCGCACGACAUCUGGUUUGGCAGUUCCGGCUCUCUGCUUCCCGGCAUUUCCGCGAGGUUGGUGACUGUGGAAGGCAAUGAGAUCACCGGCUAUGAUCAACCCGGCGAGCUUUGGGCGAACAAGGAGACCUUCCUCGACGAGCCAGAUGGCAGAUAUAUGCGAACAGGCGACGAAGCCGUCGUCUCCAAGUCUCCCCAAGGCCACGAACACAUCUUCAUCACGGACCGAAUCAAGGAACUCAUCAAGUGCAAGGGCCACCAGGUCGCGCCCGCCGAGCUGGAAGCUCACUUGUUGACCCACCCGGCCGUCAACGACACGGUGGUCAUCGGCAUCCCGGCCGAGCGCGAGGGUGAAGUCCCCAAGGCGUUUGUCGUCAAGACUCCGAAUGCAAAGGGGAGCGAUGACGAGAUUGCGAAGAGUAUCAAGGAGCAUGUGGAAAAGCAUAAGAGCAAUUACAAGUGGUUGAGGGGUGGGGUGGAGUUUAUCGAGGUGGUGCCGAAGAGCCCGAGUGGGAAGAUUUUGAGGAGGUUGAUGAGGGAUCAGGAGAAGGAGAAGAUGAGGAAGGCGGGGGUGAAGUUGUGA